GAGCAAGAUCGACAACAGAGACAGUUGCGUCAAGGACGUGCGUUGGUGGUGCGGUUGGAGUCUAUCUCGCUGUCGCUAUUGUUGCGAGAGAAAGAGGGAACCGCCUACAGCGUCAGAAACAACGAGGCCAAGCCAUCGCAUCUUUUAGGGCUGUCCAAGAAUUUUCCAUUUGCCAUUGACAACGUCGCUUUCCUCCCGUGUACUGGAAGUUCAUAGGAGCUGUCAGUCCUCCCGCUUUAUAUUAUCGAUCCAACCGUGUCGCAUAACGAUGGCGGCUGUCGCACCGACGCCGGUGACGAACGGGACUCGCGAGUCAGAGAAAGAACACAAUGCAGAGCACAGUCCCCCUCGCUUCACAGCAGUGAAUGGGAGAGACAUCCCUGCGUCGGCCACGAAUGGAUCCACAUCGUCUUCAAACGGCACCUCUCAUGGAAAUGAAGAACGUCGAGAAGUCUACGAGGGUGGCUGGGCUACGAGCGGAUAUAAUACGCCUAUGUCACGGCAGGAUGAACGUCCUCGCGACGGGGGAAGCGCCGGGCAUGAUCAGGAGGACAGACAAUCUCAGCGGUCACCAUCACAAGGCACUUCAACAGCCACCAACAGGAAUAAACGCAAAAGGUCGGAGUCCGCAGAGCGACAAGUGUCUCCGCAGAAUAAGCACCAGGGCCGGAGCCUGCCAAAAAGCCCAGUGCACCGCUCCGAUGACCAAGGCGAUGCUCAGAUUCAAGCUUCGAGUACGAACGCGGGCUUGCCUCAUCCGCUUCCAGAAGCUCAGAAUCCAUCAGCGAAUUAUCCACGGGUAGAGAGUGCCGACGAAGUCCCCCCAGCUUCAACAGGCAAUCCCUGGCAAGAUUAUGAUUCACACCUAGUUUCCCAGGCGCAACGCGCCCAGCAUCUAGAUACGUCUGACGCUCAGCUUGCGGAGGCUCUGCAGCGUGAGGCUCAGGGCCAAGAUGCCCCUCAGAAGGGAUGGAGUACUGUGAGUCGCCCAGCAGAAGGUUCCGUGGACCUCGACCAGCGUGCUCUAUCAAAUUAUGGGCAAGAUCGGUCACCGGGGGCAGCCGUUCAAGUCGGGCCCAAGAGGAAACGCGUCUUCAGCAACAGGACCAAAACUGGCUGUAUGACAUGCCGGCGGCGAAAGAAGAAGUGCGACGAACAACAUCCUGCUUGUAACAACUGUAUUCGGGGCGGCUUCUUAUGUGAAGGAUACUCGUCACGAAGCACAUGGCAAAAGCCAUCCAGUGUACUGAAGGGUCCGAUCCCUUUGCAAUCGAAAGAAGGCUAUCCUGAUGUCACUGGCCACUAUGUCCAAGAGAUGAGUCCUCAGCGACCUGAAAGGCCCCCUAGUUCCGCUCAACCAGUGGAGGCGGGAAAGAUGAGACCUAUGGUCAUCGAUGACAGCGAGCGCUCUGCUCCGCAGUAUGUUACCAGUCCCACAGGUACUGGAGCAAGUCGCGGAUCGUGGUCGAAGCGCAGCUGGCCUGGCCCUACGGGUCACCCCGCAUAUGUGCCAGAGCACAUGCCCGCCAAGUCGGAUUAUCGGGAAGUGCCUCCAAUACAUGAGUUAUCAAGAGAAGGGCCUCCCAAGGCCGACUACAACGUGGUACCGUCUAUCCGCGAACUCUCGCAUCCGAAACCCGGAAUGCCACUUUUCCAAGGGGUCGAGCAGCGGACGGUGCAUCCGACGACUGUGGAUGCAAACAGUCCGCAGGCGCAGGCAAGGAUGGCCCUGAGUAUUGAGCACCAGUUGUCCACGAGAUCUGUCCCACACGAGGAGUCUGAAAAGGAUAAAAUGAUCCGCGGCGAGCUUUACCGGCCCUUUGAUAUGCUUCUAAUCGAGGAAAGGGAGCGCUGUAAAGCGGCUCUCUGGAGGUUUAACAAUGUAUCGAAUCCUUUGUUCGCCAUCAGCGCAAAGGAAAAGAACCGCUUGCUGAGAGAAAUCUUUAUCCCAUCACCCAGCGCAGCUACGGGCUCUCCAUCAAGUGGAAAUGUGACUCGUCCCGCGGGGUCCAUCGGCCAAGGCGCAGUGAUCGAAGCACCAUUCAAUUGCCAUUAUGGAUAUAACAUCCAUAUCGGAGAAGACGUCAUGAUUUCGGAGAAUUGCACGCUCAUUGACGACUGCCCCAUCAACAUCGGAGCGCAUACCUGGAUUGGUCCAAACGUCACCAUCCUGGGCUCCAUGGCACAUGCCAAUAUGCAAGAAAGAAAGGGCUGUCAGAGCCGUUAUCAAGGACGCCCCGUCACCAUUGAAGAAGAUUGUUAUGUUGGUGCAGGCUGUACAAUCUAUCCAGGUGUCCGCCUCCGCCGGGGAGCCUAUGUGGCCCCUGGUGAGGUGGUCAAGUCUGACAUUGUAGCAUACGGCUUCCAGGGACUUAAACCCAGUUAUAUGUGAGAUGCUUAUGUAUAUGAUUAUUGUUAAAGCCAUGAGGGGACACUGUUGGAAAUUGCAUAGUUCUCUCUUCAAAAUAAUAUUAUGAUUUGUGUGGAUGGACUAGUUAUCAUGAGACAUGUUUCUACAACUGUCUUACUUGCAUUGGCGUAACUAUUUGGACAAUCUGUGGCUUUUGUUUUUGUGAU